AAUAGACAUAUAAAUUACAAAUUCAACAAGACAAUGGCCACCUCCACGCUGAGUGCGACAUCGAAUGCGUCGAGUCCGGCUGCGAUCAAGAAUCCGCAACUGAAACGCGUCGUCUACUCCAAGUAUCGGGAGCUGUUGGGCUCGUAUAACGAUAAGGCCAAUGCCAUAAUCGAGACGCUGCCCGCCUAUAUGGUGCGCGAGGAUCGUGGAUUUCAGCUGGAGCUGCCGCUGGCCCCGCUGCAGCAGAAUGACCAAGACAAAGGCUGCCUGGUGGAUACGUAUGGACAACGCGGCGGAGGCGCUGGAGGAGGCGGCGGCUAUGAGGCACCCGCCUGCGUACAAAACGCCAUGAUGACAAAAGACAAGAAGCCCUUCACCUACACACCCGGCGGCAUCGAUCUCUCCCAGAUCCGAUCGGAGCGCAUGGCCAAGCGCCUGGCGCGCAACGCUCAAGCCGAGGGCGCCACGGGCGCCUCCCAACAGAACAGACCAUCGCCGCAGUCGUCGCCGGGCGUCACUCCUGGCAGCGCGGCCAGCACGAUGGGCGCCGCUGCAAUGGGCAUGCCGUUUCAGGUGCUGCCACCGCCGCCACCGCCGCAGCCGCAGGCGCAAUCACAGACGGGUAAGAACGGUAACCAUGCUGCACCCCCACCGCCACCCCCACAACAAAGCACAUUAGCACCACCAGCGGGGCGCGGCAGUGCGCCCGGUUCGCCGGCAGCCGCACGCAAAUCGCCAACGCCGCAACGUUUCGAGCCGCCGCCGCUGGGUUUCCGGCCCGAGAUCAAGAUACCGCCCAAUCCGAUGGCGGCGCUGCGCAAGGUGCCGCCACCUGUGGAGAAGAACUUCUUCUGGAAGGAUGAGUAUUGCAAGGAGCGCUCCAAGAGCCCGCUGCCGGAGCCAGCUCAGAACGGCAAUGGCGACUACAACAACAGCAGCAGCAACAACAGCAACAACAACAACAGCCAAGAUGCCGUAGAUGGUGAGCAGAGUGAGAGAGAGGGAGAGCGAGAAACUCUUCGGAUAUCGCAUCAUUUCGCUGGCUUUUGGUUUUGGUUUUGGUUUUGGUUCUGGCAACAGCAGCAGCAACCAUCGCCCAAAACACCGCCACUGCAGCAACAGUUGCAGCAACCGACACCACCGGCAACACCGCCACAGCAGCAACUUCAGGAGUUCCGCAGUGUGCCCAUGCCGCAGUCGCCAGCUGUAAAUGUCUAUACGCGGCAAACAGAUAGUCCGCGCUCGCCCUUUGAGCAGCAGCUGCAACAGCAACAGCAGCGUGCCACGGAGAGUCCCUUCCGCUUUGCACAGCAGCAACAGCAGCAGCAGCCGCGUUCACCCACGGCCAUUUCUCCACUGGCACAGCAGCAGCAGUCACGUCCAUCGCCAGCCAUCUCGCCUCUGGCUCAGCCACAACAACAACAGCAACAGCAGCAGCAGCAGCAGCAGCAAUCUGCCCAAACUGUGCCUUGGCGUACGCAACGCGCCCAGUCCGCUGCACCACAACAACAACAGCAGCAGCAACAACAACCGCAACAGCAACAGCAGCCAACGCAUUCACAGCCCAUUUACAAUAAUGUGCAAAGAUCUCGCGAUGUCUUCAGUCCGGCCAGAGUCGAGCCAGCCACAGCAACAACCUUCAAUGCACAGCAGCAACAGCAACAACAACAGCAACAACAAACACCCUAUCAAGGUGUUAAGCCGACUAACGUUGGCUCACUUUACAUUGCUCCGCUGGCACAGCCCACAGAGCCGCAGGCCCAGCGUCUCUUGCUACAGCAGCAACAGUUGUCGGGAGCUCGUGACUCGCCCAUGCGACAAUUGCCGCAGCAACAACAACAACAGCAGCAGCAACAGGUGGGCGGCCAGCCACUGCGCUGGCUUAGCUCACAGCCCGCGGCCAAGGAGCAGGCGCCCUGGGCACGUCCCGAGGAGAAUGGCAAUGUGAUGCCCUCGUCGCUGCGACAGACAGCCUCACCGUCGGCGCCAACGCAAGCGCAGCCCACAAGCACGUUCUAUCAGGGCCAGAUGUCGAGCCAGAUGCCGAUGCAGAUCCAGAUGCAGAUGCAGGGCAACGGCUAUGACAGAGCCGCGUCUCCCGCUCCGGCUGCUCAGCAGAACUUUGGGUCAACAGCACAGCAGAGUGGAUUGCGAUUGCAGAUCAACAACAGCAAUGCGAGCCAGAGUGGCCCCAGGGAGCGCAUCAUACCCAUUACACUGGAACAAACCCCAACAUAUGCCGCAGCUCAGCCCAACUUUGGUGGUUACAACAACUAUCCAGCCUCAGGAGUGUCGCCCAGUCAACAGCAGCAGCAACAUCACUUUGUUGCCUCGAAUCACAGCAACAACACCAACAACAGCAACAAUUCAACACGGAUCAUACCCAUUGCCAUUGAGGGAGGUCGCGGAGGUCCCGUGUCCCAGUCACCCGUCGUGCUGCAAAACGAUCCACGCUCACCGCCCAUACAAUCGAAAUCGUUUAGAAUAUUGCAAAAGAUAACCGAUACGGUGGACGACGGUGGCACCAUCGAGUCCCGGCCCGUGCAACAGCCCCAAGCGGACGUGGAGGCGCCGCAGCUGCAGCGGCCGCAGUUCGCUCGCCAGAUGAGCGCCCAGCAGGCGCGCAAUAGUCCGACCAUUGAGCAAAUGAGGCGACUGCAAAUUGCACAGGAUCAGCAGUCGGGCACACCACAAGCCUGGUCCCCGCAAGGUAACGGCGCAUCCACGCAGAACCGCUUUACACCACAGCGUUCUCCAUACGAUACACCCCAACAGCAAUACGUGCCACCCAGUGAGCAACAAGUACCGGAACCCAAAAAAUAUACCGGAAGCGCAAUACCAAGUCGAUCAUUUAAGAUUCUACAGGCAAUGACAACACCAGAGAAUGCCGAACAUAAAAUUCACACCGAGCUGGACUCGGAUUUGGAAAAUAUUGAAUUGAACGAAGCCAAUAAUAAUAAUAAUAAUAAUAAUGAUAAUAAUAAUAAUCAUAAUAUUAUUAAUCACAAUAAUGACAAUAAUGAUAAUGCCAGUAAAAGUAACCAUAACCGAGAAAUUAACAAUAAAAUCAAUAAACAUCAUAGUUACACAUCUGCCACACCCACUCCACCGCCCACCACAGACACAAAUACAAGCACUUCUCAUGGCUCAUAUUCAUCAAACUCAUCGCUUAGCUCUGACAGCUCUUAUCCGGCAUCUAAGCAGCCGGAGCGCUCCCAGUCGGUGCCUCCGCAAUAUCCCUAUGCUUACGGUUAUCCCUUCCCCUGGUACAUGCCACCCCCUCCCCAUCCCCAUCCAGCCACAGGGCCAGUAAAUGGGGAUCAGCCUCAAGUCCUAAACUGGCCCUAUCCCUAUCCAUAUGCACCGCCACCUUUGCCCCCAUCUGCUGAUGGCAAGCAGCCAGACAUGAAUCAGGCCUAUCCCUAUUACUACCCUUACUAUCUACCCCCGCCGCCAGUCUAUGGCCAGCCAGGCAUGCCCAGUGAUGCGCAGUUUCCCCAGUUCGUACCGCCCUAUAGCCCCUAUCCCUAUCCGGUAGCGCCUAGCUUUAGCCAAAGCUCAACUGAAAGUCGUGCCAGCAGUGUAUUGCCCGAUAUUAUUAUAACCCCCAGCACUGACGAUACGCCCUCGAAGGUCAUAAUGCAGCACCACAUCAAGGUGGAGCCCCGUGAACCACCCAAGCGCGCGCACUCUGUCGAAAUUGAGGAGCUGGUAAGCCGCCCGAAGGCGCGCAAUAUCUGCAGCAACAACGAACAGGUCAUCGACAUGCUCACCCAGCGACUGGCCAAUAUCAAUAAUAUUGCAGGAGGCAAUACUCAAGCCAAUCUGUCGAAGCAGAUCCAGAAGGACUAUGCGGGCGAACAGCUCAAGGAGUUGGGCGCAUGCUCGCCGAGCGAGAAUGCCUCGCCGGUGCAGAUCACAGUCGGAGUGGACGAUGACGACAGUGAGACAGAGUCGGAGGAUAGCAGCGAUGAGGACGAGGAUGAUACGGACACACCCAAGCACGCGCCACUGCAGGCCAUCAAGUCGGUGACCAACAUACAGGUCUACAAGGGACUGGGUAAGGUGCUCGUCGAGCAGUUGGACUCAGAGAGUGAGGAUGAGGAUGUGACGACAGCCGAUGAAAUGGUUGACGAGGAGGAGCAAGUAGAAGAAGAACAAGAACUAGUCGAGGAACUGGACGAAGACUACGCCGUCGAAGAGGAUCUGAGCACCAUAUACGAGGAGGAGAGCGACAUGGAACGCAGCAGCAACUAUGCCAGGACAGUUAUCAAUCGUAAUGGAUCCAGUGCUAGUAAUGCCACAAUAGGAGAUCCCCAAGUCGAGGAAGAUGACGACUUGGAUCAGCAAGUCGAGGACAAUGAAAAGAACGAAGCUAAUGUCGAUGACGACGAUGAGGAAUCUACUUCGGUGACUGUGCGCUUGCCACUACGCUUCUCCUUCAGCCGCAGCUCGAAUGACGAGAAGAUAGCCACCCUAGAGGUGGGCAGCACCACACAGAUUGAGGAGCGGCGUCAGAGCUUGGAGGGAAAACGCAAUUCCUUUAGCAUUGCCAAGUUAGAGAGCGAAAACGAGGACGACAAUGACUGCGAAGUUAGCGUCACCAUCAGCUUGUCCAACUCGUCUCGCUCCAAUUCCGUCGACAAGUCGAUGGAGAACCAACUGAGCGGCAAUCCAGACAAAAUGCUCUCAAGUACUCGGAAGCUGAGCACUGAAGAUGUGUCUACCUCUAUCUCGCUGGGCAUGCGCAAUAAGUUCUUAGCUGAGACCCAAAGCGGGGAACUAACAAAUAACAUUGCCAAAUUGGAGCCGGCAAAGGAAGCCGAAGAUAGCGCGGAGGCACCCAAAGAGGAGUUCGACUUCUUUGCCACGCUUCGGGCUACCAAAAUGCAAGCACAGAAAAUGAUGGAGCAAUCCAAGAACUACUGGAAGACGACAGAGGCAAAGCCAGGUGCCGCACAGGCGAAGCAAGCUACGGAAGAAGCGACUGUGCAACUACGGGUGAAGCAGAGCAACGAGCAGGCCCAACCAGCUAGACCCAAGUCUUGUGACCUAAGCAAAACUCAGGCCUCUUUAGAGGCGGCCAAGAACAGCUUUUGGUCAACAUUCGCCACUGCAGCCAAGGAGCCUGAACCGGUUCGUGAGCCCGAGCAGCCAGAUGAAGAUGAAGAAAUCGACUUCUGGGCAAGCAUUGAGAAGAGUAAGGACGAGAGUCAAUGGGUGAAAAAGAAAAAAACCGUUACGUAUACCCCACUACAAAGAGAGACGGUGACUAAAGUGGAACAUUGGACGACUACCCUAAAAGCCAAAGUAGGAUACAUGCCCCAAUCGCAAUGUGCCGCGGUUCAUUUCGUGGUCGAAGAAUCGCCAGAGGGUAAAGAAUCAUCAGAGGUCAAACAGUCGUCUGAGCCAGAGGAGGAUUUUUGGGCAUCAGUAGACAAGGCGAAAUCCGAGAAUAGCAUGAAACAGUUCAACACACAAUCGGAUCAAACAGCAGAGACUCAGAUAGAAGAGUCAAUCGAAAAUACAGUGGAGCAAAUAACCCAAGAAGAAGAAGAAGAAGAAGAAGGAGAAGGAGAAGAGGAAAUUGAUUUCUGGGCGAAUAUAAAAUCAGCCGAAGAUGUUAAUGAUCAACAAGUAAAGGAUUAUAAAUUCGAUCCCACAAAAUACCCUGAGGAACCACGCGAGGUCGAUACCGAUGAGGAAAUUGAUUUUUGGACGGAAAUCGAAGCGAAUCGUAAGUCAGAUGACGAUGAUGUUACUUUCCACAAAUCAGCCACGUUUUGGGCUCGUAAGGAGCGCCAAAACUCGGUAGAAGAAACGCCAUACAAACCGGUGGAAACCAAGGCUUUUCGGGCCAAGCUGCCCGACGAACCAGCCGUGGAAAUCGAUGUGUGGGCAACUCUGGAAGGAGCUCGAGGGGAGGAGCCAGUGAUAAUCGAUCCAGCUGUCGAAGAGGAAAAAAUGCUGGCCACUCAAUACGACGAGCUUGAGCAUGAGAGCACAGCUAAGGAAGACUCGCCCAAGCAGAUCGAGCAAGCAACACAAGAAGCACCCGAAACCAAUCUUAAUAUGGUUGACACUAUGUCGCUGGCCUCAAUGCAUGAGCCAGCUACUGUCCAUACCUGGGCGCCCUAUUCGCACGGUAACGAUGAGCCAGAGAAUGACGAGGAGCCUGACUUUUGGGCGGACAUCGAACAGGAACGUGAAAAGAUCGAUCAGCUGGAAGAAGCGGAGCAGAAGCGCCAGAACUAUCGCCAAGCUAUGGCCUUCUUCAAUACUUCCAUCGAUGAGCACAAAGUGCAACAGAAGCCGCAACCAAAUCGAACUAGCGUCAUUCUGGAGUUGGAAGAACCUACCGAAGUUAACCUUGGUGCUCCCGGCGAAUACGAAAUUGUGGGCGAGGACGGUGUCGUCUUGGAGCAACAUAAGAUACAAAUAGCUCACGCCGAAGAUGAGGAACGAGGGGCAACCACACCAACUAACCAACUGCCACAGGUUUACGUUCAGCCUGAGCCAGAACCAGAACUGCAACUUGAAUCUCAAACACAACUCAAAACGGAGCGGGAAAGAAAAUUGCUACCUAAUGGCCUACCGGAUCUUGGUGUGAUAAAGGUGGAUGAGCCCAAAAUAUCAGUGCGAGAUCGCAUUAGUGUAUUUGAGGCAACACCUUCAACUCCCACGUCCAACAAGCCCAUGACUAUUCAAUCGCUGUCCGUGGACAGUGGGCGUGGCAAAGGACAGCUGUCGCGGAAUAGCAGUACGCAGCGGUCCGAGUCCGAGAUCGAAGAGGAUGACUCGGGCGUAACGGACAUGAAUAGACAACUCUCCGAGACGGACACCGAGUCCGAAAGUUUCCCCGAGCUGCGGAAAAUGACGAGCUAUCAGCGAGCCGCGACACAUUCCAGACUCUUUAAGCUGCUGCAGGACGAGAACGAUCUGCCCGAGGCCUUGGAGGCUGGCCAGGCGGACGAGUUUCACUUCAAGCCGAGCAGACGCAAGAUUAUUCACAAUGUAUCCAUCACACGGCGCCAGAACCCGAAUGCGCUCAGCGAGGCCGAGACAAUGACCCAGCGACGCGAACGCCUCUCAUUGCCCCUUCGCAAGAACACCAGCAUCGAUGCGGACAAUCCCUCCACGCCGAACAGUCCCGCCUCACCCAUUGUGGGGCCAUCGCCCAGCAAGCAGCGCGUGGUUAGCGACAAACUGGUGAACGAGCUGGUCCAGAGUCUGCUGCUCAAGAGCGACAGCACACACCUGCGCCAGCUGCCCAUGGAGCGCUUGCAGGCAGCUGCCAAGCGCGCCCUGGUUGAGGAGAUGGACUCCGUGGAGAACAGCUCGCUGGACAGCACGCCCGCCAUAACGCCCAAGCAGGACAAGGAGUAUUCCGAUUACUACAACAGCUGGACGGAGGCGAGUGGCGGCGACGAAAUCGUGCCGUCGAAGGCAUUUCGGGCGCUACAGGAUCCGCGUCGCAGUCCCUGGACGGUGCGCUGUCCCCGGGUGCUCAGCUCCAAGACAAUCAAUCGAGACCUAGCACGCGUCACCGAAUCACCCGAAAUCCUGAGCAGUCGCGGCAGCAAAAGUCCCGAGUGCUUUAGGCAACAAUCUAGGGAACGGUCCGUUAGCAGCUGGCGAAAGGUCUAGUCGGUUUUCUCUAUUGGGCUAUCUGGGAAGGGGUCACAAA